AUGUCGUUCGGUAGCGGAGGCUUUGGUGGCUUCGGCCAGAACAAUAAUAAUGCACAGUCAGGUGGUUUCGGCGGAUUCGGGUCCAACAAUAAUAAUGCUCCAUCAGCUUUUGGACAAGCCACCUCUGGUGGGUUUGCGCAGAACAACACUACUGGAGGAAGCCUGUUCGGGGGAAACAGUGGCAAUACUGGCGGUGGAUUUGGAACUUCAACUGGUGGUUUCGGAUCCAAUACGGGCGGCGGCUUUGGAAGCAAACCUGCGUUUGGCACCAGCACUUCAGGUGGUCUUUUUGGUGCCAACAAUGCCAACAAUGCCAAUACAACCUCCACAUUUGGCGGCUUUGGAGGUGGAAGCAACACCGCAGUUAAUCCGACCACCUCGGCAUUUGGAAGUGGCGGAAAUACCACUGGUGGAAUAUUUGGGGCGAAUAAGUCUGGCUUCGGCACAUCAACGAACACUGGGGGUUCCCUAUUUGGCGGUGGCAACACGACUUCAGGUGGCUUCGGAACCACUAGCACUGGUUUCGCAGCAACUGGUGCCGUAGGCGACCCUCCAGGCACCGCAUCAACACCGUUCAAUGCAUUUACCGAGAAGGAGCCUAAUACGUCCGUGACCAAUUCGUUCCAAAACAUUCUGUUCCAGGAGCCCUAUAAGAAGUGGUCGUCUGAAGAGCUUCGAUUAGCGGACUAUGUACAGGGACGUCGACAUGGCAAUGCCACUGGAGGCGGCGCUUUUGGCGUUAGCUCAGGCUUUGGAGGUUUCGGCUCUACAAAUGCUAAUCAGACUGCCAAUGCCUUUGGACAGACCAACACCAACACGACCAGCGGUAACCUCUUUGGCAACACUGGCAACGCUACCGCGACGGGUACCGGAUUCGGGAGCGGUGGAUUUGGUGCAAAUGCCAACGCUACCAACACUACUGGUGGUAGCCUCUUUGGUGGCGGUAACAAGCCUGCUGGUGGUCUAUUUGGCAAUAGCAACACCCAGACUCAGCAGAGUGGUGGUGGUGGUGGUGGUGGUAUGUUUGGCGGCGGCGGGACAGGAGCAUUCGGUAGCUCCAACACUGGAGCUUUUGGGCAAGCCAACACUGCCAACAAUGCUGGUGGUGGACUGUUUGGCAACACUGCCAACAAGACCACGGGAAGCGGAUUCAGCUUCGGAAACACCAACAACACGAGUACGAUUACUGGUCCUGCGUUUGGGGCCAAUGCUACGGGAAAUGCUUUCGGAUCUACCCCAGCCAAUACUGGAGGAGGAGUCUUCGGGAACAAUCCCAGCAAUACGCAGACGACCGGGGGUGGCGUUUUUGGUGCUCAGAACAACCAGCAACAAAGUACGGGAACAGGCUUUGGUGGUGGUUUCGGCCAGCUAAAUCAGAACCAACAAAGUGGUGGUCUGUUUGGAAAUCAGCAAAAGCCUGCUACCGGUGGCCUCUUUGGGAACAGCACCGCGACUGGAACAACCGGGGGGAUUUUUGGAGGUGGCAACGCACAACAACAGAACACUGGCGGUGGCAUCUUCGGAACCAGCAAUAACGCAAUGUCCGGAGGAGGUUUAUUCGGCGGCGGCAACAAAUCAACUACUGGUGGUGGUCUUUUUGGAGGCGGCAACAAUGCCCAGGCUACGACAGGCGGAUCAUCACUGUUUGGUGGCGGCAAUACACAACAGCAGUCUACGGGCGGUGGUCUCUUUGGAGCCAGUACUAAUCAACAAAAGCCCGGUGGACUUUUCGGCAGCUCUACCCAGACGGGAGGUCUCUUUGGUGGCCAGAACAACCCAGCACAAGGCAGCUCCCUGUUCGGCGGGGGCACCAAUCAGCAACAAAACCAAAAUACUCUGGGUAACUCCCUCUUGGGCAGCGCACAACAGAACAACAAUGUUCCGCAAGGUUUGACUGCUAAUCUCAACGAUGUCUCGGCGUACGGAAACCCGUCACUGUUUGCUGGUCUUGGGGGGAAUGACGUCGCCAACCCUGGGCCUCUUGCUACGCCUCUGAAUGGCAACUCGAAGCCACGCAAGGGUUCCAUUCUCCCCAUGUAUAAGCUGGCCCCAGCUACCGCCGCCUCUCGCUUCGCAACUCCCCAGAAGAGAGGAUUUGGGUUCUCAUACAGCUCCUACGGCACCCCCGGCGGGAGUCCCGCUAGCAGCAUUUCUAGCACGCCUGGUGCCAUGGGCCGUAGCCUCCUUGGCACGAGCUCCGGUGGCCAUCUUAGCAAGAGCAUCUCCGCGAGCAACCUCCGUCGUAGCUUCAAUACCGAAGACAGCAUCCUUGCUCCGGGCGCCUUUUCCUCCAGCUCCAGUGCACGGUGGUAUGGCAGCACGGGCUCCAAGAAGCUUGUCAUUAAUCGAGAUAUUCGAAGUGAUCUAUUCUCCACCCCUCAGAAGGAUAGGAUCGAAGCCAAUGGAGAUGCUCGCAAGCUGUCUAAGCGCGUGAGCUUUGAUACUAGUCAUGUUGAAUCGGAGGACGGAACUCCCGUCCGAAAUGCUCUCCCUGCUCCCGAAGACACACCGAAGUCGCAGCUUGACGAGACGACCCCCCGUCAGAGCAGAACCACCAAUGGUACCAACGGUUCCCUGACCCCGGAGAUGGAAGAGGUCAAGGGCAACGAGCUUGCUAUUGUGCACGAGGAAGACAACUCUGCCACCCCGGAGGCACGAACAGCUCUCGGUUUUGAGAAUGCGCCUGGCGAUUACUGGAUGCAGCCAAGUCGGGAGGAGCUGCAAAACAUGAACAGAAUGCAGCGCCAGCGUGUGGACAACUUUACGGUUGGCCGUGACAAUGUUGGCUCUAUUAGAUUCAAGGUUCCGGUUGAUAUAAGCAACAUCGAGCUGGACGACUUGUGUGGUGGUAUCAUCCAACUGGAACCUCGAUCAGCCACCGUUUACCCGGUCCAGGCCAAAAAGCCCCUUGUUGGCAAGGGUCUCAAUGUUCCCGCCCAGAUUUCGCUAGAACAAUCUUGGCCUCGCGGUGGCCGGGAUAAGCGAAUCACUAGCGACCCCAAGCGAUUCAACAAGCACAUUGAUAGGCUGAAGAGAAUUCCGGAUACCACUUUCAAGAGCUACGAUAAGGAUACCGGCGUCUGGACAUUUGACGUCAAGCAUUUCACGACAUACGGUCUUGACGACUCUGAUGACGAAUCGGACGAGGACAUCGCUCCUCCACCCGGCCUUGCCACACCACCUCAUCGCGUCCCAACCGGAGCCGCUGCCAUGGAUGCCCCAACCCAUGGAGAUUCUCAUAUGAGCUUCCGUCAGAACGCUGCUCUACCGGGAGCAUUCGAUGAGCAAGACAGUCUGUAUGAACGUGACGAUCUUGGUAAGCAGACUUUUUUAGGGAUUAGCUCCGCGGAUUCGGCACCCAAUGAUGUUCGACUUUCACUUGAGGAGGAUUACUCCAGUGAAAGGGGUGACGAAUAUGAUCUGUCCGAGGAGGAAGAUAUGACGAGGUCUUUCGUCGGACAGCAUCUUGCCGCGGAGCUCGAUGAUACCUCGUUGGUGAAUGAACAGGAUGCCAAGGGUGCCACUCCUGGCGGCAUUCUUAGAGCUCGCAUGAGAGCCAUGAAGGAUCAGAUUGGCCCAGUGACUCUCGAAGUUGCCGAUGGCGAUGAUUGGAUGGAAAUGCUUAGGAAAACAGUCAGUCCCGUGAAGCGAGACCGACGACUGCUUAAGGAAAUGAAUGAUUCCCCCUCCAAAUUUGCCCUGGAGCCGGAUGUUGGUGACAACUUGGACCCAGACUUGCGCAAAACAUCCAUUUGGGGGAAGAGCAUGUCAAAAACAGAGCGAGCAAAUGGUCUCGCAAGCACACAAUUGGUAGCGGAUAAGGGACGUGGAUUUGCGACAAGCAUCGACUUGAUGAAUUCUCUGUUUGAGAAGCCCCAGCCAGCGCGACAAAACAUUCGCGCUUCUGCGCCAGCCAAAGGCUUUCCCCAGUGGCCCUACGAACGUCAAGACAAGAAUCUUGCUGUCAACAGUGACGAAAAAGCAUAUCACAAGGCCUCUCGCCCGACCUGGGGUCCUGAUGAGACGCUGGUAGUAACUCGGCCGUUGGACACAGCAAAAUCCAGACGAAUCUUUCAGGACAAUGACCUUCUUCAGUUUCAACGAUCUGGAAUACAGACUGAGAGACAAGACAUUCGCCUUGCCAAAUUUUCCGUGGAGUCUUCCAAGAAAUUUCUUCGGGCUCAGGAUAAAGUAACAGAAAUCAGACUAGAUGGCGAUAUUCCCAUGGCUACGCUACGCGCGGGGAGUCUGCAGGACGUCUUCCACCAGCAGGAGAUGAACGACCCGGCCCAUGUCAAUGAGAAGCGCGUCUGGGAGCUGGCCAGCAUUUUAUUCGAUGGCGUCGUUUACGAGUCCGAGUUCAACCAUAUGUCAAGAAGACUGAGGCUGUCACAGUUUUGGACUGAGCUUGUGGAACAAGCGUCGACCACUAAUAUCGGUCUUGCUGGUUCUAGCGAAGAAAAGGCCGUGGCAAGUCUGGCAGGUCACCGCGUUGCCGAGGCCUGCAAAUUCUUGCUGGAUGGUAAGAAUUUCCGCUUGGGAACUUUGGUCGCUCUGAUCGGCUCGAACGACGCGGCGAAGAAAGACGUCGGUGAACAACUCAAGGCUUGGCAUGAUUCCAAGAUGCUUUCAGAGUUUUCAGAGGCCAUUCGCGCUGUCUACGAGCUACUGAGCGGCAACGUGUGUGUUUGCGAAGGGGUGAAAAACGUCCCUGUUGAGGAUCGAGUGGAGUCGUUUGUUAUUUCAAAGAAGUUUGGCUUGGACUGGAGACAGGCGUUUGGCCUUCGUCUGUGGUACGCCAUUUCCCAGCAGGAUAGCCCUGCCGUGGCAGUUUUGAAGUUCAAGGAGGACAUCAACCAAGAUAAGGAGGAACUUCCACGCCCAUGGUACUAUGAACAAGGCUUGAAACCAAUGUGGAAUGAUGCGGAAGAAGGGCACAGGCAGGACCUGCUAUGGGGCCUCCUUCAGCUGUAUGCGGACAGGAACGUCGACCUUGAAGCCAUGUUGCGACCUGAAAACUCGCAGCUCUCCCCGCUCAACAUGAGAUUGUCCUGGCAACUCGGCCAGGCGUUGGUUUCAACCGGACAGGUGUCGUUUGGCAAGAACGGAGAUGAGAAGGCAGACGCUUCCACCAUUGCAUAUGCCUCUCAGCUGACGGCCGCGGGUGAGUGGCUGGAGGCAGUCUUUGUCUUAUUGCACCUCAACAACUCCAGCGUCCGCAUGAGGGCGAUCCAGGAACAUUUGUGUCGACAUGCUGGCAUGAUUGGCCCCGACACUGGCGCGACCUUUGCGCUUUUGACGGAAAAGUUUCGAAUCCCCGCAUCCUGGCUAUGGGAAGCGCUGGCGUUGUACAUGCGCAGUGUCAAGAGAGAUGCUUCAGCCGAGGUACACUGCCUUCUUCGCGCUGGGGAGUUUGUUGAAGCCCACCGGGUUCUGGUACACCAAGUUGCCCCUCAAGCUGUUAUUGAACAAGACUACGCUACGCUCUCUUCCUUGCUGUCGCAGUUCCAAGGCCGAGAGGAAGGCAUUUCUCAGUGGGGCCAGGGUGGCGAGAUUUAUGGCUAUUUCUUGAGUCUGGUGCAGCAUCGUGGCAAGGGCGAGGGGCCCCCUCUUGCAUUACUUGAGAAGUUGAUGGCAGGACUGAACGUGAUGAAAGAGCACGUGGGGGAGACGGAGGUACUGCGAUAUGCCGCUUUGUCUGACAUGGCAGAUGAUGCGGCAAGGGAAAUAUCCAAACUGGCCAGGAACAAACAGGUAUGCCACACGCGCAUUGUGUGGGGUGUUGCCCCUGAAGGCUCGCACUUCUAA